GUGUGUGUGUGUGUGUGUGUGUGCGCGUGUGUGUGUGUGUGUGAUUAAAACAACAUUUUUACUUCAUUUUAAAAACCUCAGAGGUCCUUCAAAAUUGUCACUUAAAUUUGUCUUUCCAGUUAUAUCAGCUGGAGGAUUCAAGCUCCUGAGAAACUUUUGUUUACUUUGUCAUGUUUGUUCGGUAAUUUGUCUAGCGAAGUUGCAAAUCUCAUUAUUUUCAUCUUAUUUUUUUCUUUUUCUUAAAUUGUUGUUUAAAGUGUUACAUUUUGCAUAUUUUUUAAUUACUGUUUUACUGAAUUGUUAAUUUGUCUCGUGUACUUACACUAUCAUUUUUCACAUUCAGUAUUCUCUAUGAAAGGUGAAUAUAACGAACAGUGAUUAAUAUCAUAACUCUUACAAGCAAUACAAAAUAGAGAUUUGGGCAAACACAGACCCAGGUGGAUAUACCAGAGGUGGGAUCACGUGCCAAAGAGGGACGUCUAAUCAAAGAAUUAAAAGUUUAAUAUGGAUCACUAAGUAGGAAAUGAUAAAAAUGAGUUGAUACUUUGUCAUGAGUGGAUGACUGAACGUAUUCGAAAACAAGUGUUUACAUCUAAAUAUACAUUUAUAUCAAGUCGCUUUUUUUUUUUUUUUGUUCAUUGAUACAUUUGCCAAAACAAAAGCAAAAAAAAAAAAAAAAAAAAAAAAAAGCUGUCCUCUCAGUGUUGAAAAUAAAAAAGUGGAGUGAGUCCCAUUAGUAUGUAAGUUAAAUUAAAUGUGUGUCCUAUUGUAUUUUGCACCGGUCCCAACCCCCCAACCCCCAAAAAAUAUUGACUGGUCAUUACAAGUAUUUUAGAUUACUUCAAUAGUGAUUUAAAUCAUUCACAGAUCGAAUUUUAACUGUGAUAUGUGCAGUAAAUAAUUAUUGAGUAAAGAAUUCAUCCACAUGUUAUAUAUUCGCCACAGAAAUCUGAGAAUAAGAUCCCGCCUAUGGCCUUUUAUCCAUAUUAUAUAAAGGUACAUGUAUGUCUACUUUCGUUUUGAUAACAAUUAAAUAAAUGACAAGAUGAAACAGAUAGAACAUACUUGACGCUUGGAUUAAUUAACAUGGCAAAUGUAGAUAAAAAUUAUCAUAUUUUUUCCAAAUAUAGAAUGGGUAUGAAAAGUAUUUUUAAAUGUGACCCUGCAACGAACCCCAUGGAAAUUCCGACAAAAAUUGAAACGUUUAAACAGUCAACAGUAAGCAGAAUAUGACCAACUUCCACAACUGUUGAUAAGAUAUUGACGUCGUCAGUAAUGGCAGACAGAAAGCGUCGUGAUUCAGCUGUUGAGUCUGAUCUCUUGCAAAAGCGUUUUAGAGCAGACUCCAACAGCAAAGACGACAGCGAGGGUGAUGAUGAUGAUGAUGGUGAUGGUGAUGAUGGUGAGGAGGAGGAGGAGGAGGAAGAAGAAGACAAUGUUACCAAUAUCUACUGUCAACUUUCUGAAUAUGACCAGGCGAUCCUACUUCAUUUGUUGACAGGAAUUGACGUGAUUUAUUUUAGGAAGAUAGAUAUAGGGGAAUUCCAUAAAUAUUUGGAAAAAAACAGAAGCUUGUGUGACAUGGACAGCAGACCAGUAGAGGAGGAUAUCCGUUCUAUUAAAUCAAUGACAGACAAAGGAGACGUGUUGAAGUGGGACGAGGAAAAAGUAGAGUUUUCUUCUCCUGAGGUCAGAGAUAGGAUUAUUGAAGAGUUUGCAGGCAUUGUCAGAACUGAUGGUGAAUAUCUGAUGUUGAGCAGGAUUAUUGAGAAGAACUGGCGUGACCCUAAAUCUGAAGGAAUUAGAAAACGAAUCAUCCAGAACAUUAUGCAGCCUUUUGUCUGGAGAAAAGGACUUGACUUCAUCGACUAUGUCACAGAGGGUUGGUUUUUUCCUCAUGGAUGUAGCGUUAUCACCGAAAUACUAAAGCUACCUAUUGACGUGUGCGAUAUGUGUGAAGAUGAGAAUGAAAAGUGGAUAGGAUUUAAAGGAUUUGUAAAACAACACAUGGAACUGUGCCAGAAAAGCAUCGCUGAAUUGAAUUUAGGCAGUCUCCUGGGAUCAUACGUGAUUGUCUUUGGGACAGGAAAUGAAAUAGAUAUGUAUGGGCCGUCACCCAGCACCCAAAAAUGUAACAUUCUUUGUCACAUCUUGACAUCAGAGGAAUACUGCGCGUCAUUAAGUUCAUCAUGGAAAGACAAAACAAGAACUUUGGGAGAAGUAUUUCCAAUCCUACAGAACGACUCUAUAGUCGACGAAGUCGAUGUCAUUAAGGAAUUGAUUGAAACUGACAAAGUACUGACAUAUAAAGCAGGGAAUAACGCCGUUGGCUUCGUGUCCGACGAUGUCCGCCAUCAGGUGAUGAGUUACUUUGUCCUGAAUUGUCUGAACACUGUCGAUGCCUAUGAGAACUACAUCCGAUUGUCGUCAGUAGACUCGUUGUUGGAGUAUGUACGUCCGUGGUGGUACAACAGAGAUAAAGAUGAACGAUGUAUGUACCUACCGAAGGAACUGAAGACGACACACAUACAAAGGCUUGGCUUGAUGGCCUUACGUUACUACCCUAUACUAGACUACCAGGAUUGGGUGGGAAAAGAUGGUGAUGUGUUGGAAGCCCUGUGCCUUCCCUAUGAUGUAUUCAAUCUUGAUUACGAUACCACGAGCCGGUUAAUACAAUUCACAAAGACACUGGAAUCACAGCGACAGGCGCCCCCCGGUAUCCUGAGUCACAACAGUGCUCUUGGAUCAUUUUUAAUCCUUGAGAAUUUGGACAAAACAAUAGAUUUGUAUGGACUGUCACUCUCCAGACAAAAAUGGAGCAUUCUUAUCCACAUCUUGACAUCAGAGAAAUACAAUGCGUCUCUAAAUUCAUCAUGGAAAGAUAAAACAAGAGCUCUGGGAGAAGUAUUUCCAGUCCUGCAGAACGACUCUAUAGUCGACGAACACGAUGUCAUUAAGGAAUUGAUUGAAAAUGACAAAGUACUGACAUACCAAAAGAACAAUAGCUCCGUUGGGUUCGCGUCAGACGAUGUCCGCCAUCAGGUGAUGAGUUACUUUGUCCAGAAUUGUCUGAACACUGUCGAGGACUAUGAGAACUACUUCAGAUUGUCGUCAGUAGACUCGUUGGUGGAGUAUGUACGUACGUGGUGGUACAACAGAGAUACAGAUGAACGAUGUAUGUACCUAACGGAGGGACUUGAGGAGUCCUUUAUCAAGAGACUUGGAAUUGAUGCAAUACGUCAUAUAAUGGUGGAGGAUAGCGAAUACAGAGACGACAUCUACAAUAUAGAAGGAGAUAACUACAUUCUAGAUAAAGUGAAAAAAAUACUGUGCCUUCCCUAUGAUGUAUUCAAUCUUGAUGACGAUACCACGAACCGGUUAAUACACUUCACAAAGACACUGGAAUCACAGCGACAGGCGCCCCCCGGUAUCCUGAGUCACAACAGUGCUCUUGGAUCAUUUUUAAUCCUUGAGAAUUUGGACAAAACAAUAGAUUUGUAUGGACUGUCACUCUCCAGACAAAAAUGGAGCAUUCUUAUCCACAUCUUGACAUCAGAGAAAUACAAUGCGUCUCUAAAUUCAUCAUGGAAAGAUAAAACAAGAGCUCUGGGAGAAGUAUUUCCAGUCCUGCAGAACGACUCUAUAGUCGACGAACACGAUGUCAUUAAGGAAUUGAUUGAAAAUGACAAAGUACUGACAUACCAAAAGAACAAUAGCUCCGUUGGGUUCGCGUCAGACGAUGUCCGCCAUCAGGUGAUGAGUUACUUUGUCCAGAAUUGUCUGAACACUGUCGAGGACUAUGAGAACUACUUCAGAUUGUCGUCAGUAGACUCGUUGGUGGAGUAUGUACGUACGUGGUGGUACCACAGAGAUACAGAUGAACGAUGUGUGUACCUAACGGAGGGACUUGAGGAGUCCUUUAUCAAGAGACUUGGAAUUGAUGCAAUACGUCAUAUAAUGGUGGAGGGUAGAAGAGACAGUGACGACAACUACAGUAGACGAAGAGAGAACUGCAUUCUAGAUAAAGUGAAAAAAAUACUGUGCCUUCCCUAUGAUGUAUUCAAUCUUGAUUACGUUACCAAGAACCGGUUAAUACAAUUCACAAAGACACUGGAAUCACAGCGACAGGCGCCCCCCGGUAUCCUGAGUCACAACAGUGCUCUUGGAUCAUUUUUAAUCCUUGAGAAUUUGGACAAAACAAUAGAUUUGUAUGGACUGUCACUCUCCAGACAAAAAUGGAGCAUUCUUAUCCACAUCUUGACAUCAGAGAAAUACAAUGCGUCUUUAAAUUCAUCAUGGAAAGAUAAAACAAGAGCUCUGGGAGAAGUAUUUCCAGUCCUGCAGAACGACUCUAUAGUCGACGAACACGAUGUCAUUAAGGAAUUGAUUGAAAAUGACAAAGUACUGACAUACCAAAAGAACAAUAGCUCCGUUGGGUUCGCGUCAGACGAUGUCCGCCAUCAGGUGAUGAGUUACUUUGUCCAGAAUUGUCUGAACACUGUCGAGGACUAUGAGAACUACUUCAGAUUGUCGUCAGUAGACUCGUUGUUGGAGUAUGUACGUACGUGGUGGUACAUCAGAGAUACAGAUGAACGAUGUAUGUACCUAACGGAGGGACUUGAGGAGUCCUUUAUCAAGAGACUUGGAAUUGAUGCAAUACGUCAUAUAAUGGUGGAGGAUAGAGAAGACAGUGACGGCCUCUACAGUAGAGAAAGAGAGAACUGCAUUCUAGAUAAAGUGAAAAAAAUACUGUGCCUUCCCUAUGAUGUAUUCAAUCUUGAUAAAGAUACCAAAGACCGAUUAAUACAAUUCACAAAGAAAUCUGAAUCACAGCGACAGUCGCCCCCCGGUACCAUGUGUCACAACAGUGCUCUUGGAUCAUUCCUAAUCUUUGAUAAUUCGGACAAAACAAAAAAUUUGUAUGGACUGUCACUCUCCAGACAAAAAUGGAGCAUCCUUAUCCACAUCUUGACAUCAGAGAAAUACAAUGCGUCUUUAAAUUCAUCAUGGAAAGAUAAAACAAGAGCUCUGGGAGAAGUAUUUCCAGUCCUGCAGAACGACUCUAUAGUCGACGAACACGAUGUCAUUAAGGAAUUGAUUGAAAAUGACAAAGUACUGACAUACCAAAAGAACAAUAGCUCCGUUGGGUUCGCGUCAGACGAUGUCCGCCAUCAGGUGAUGAGUUACUUUGUCCAGAAUUGUCUAAACACUGUCGAGGACUAUGAUAACUACUUCAGAUUGUCGUCAGUAGACUCGUUGUUGGAGUAUGUACGUACGUGGUGGUACCAAAGAGAUACAGAUGAACGAUGUAUGUACCUAACGGAGGGACUUGAGGAGUCCUUUAUCAAGAUACUUGGAAUUGAUGCAAUACGUCAUAUCAUGGUGGAGCAUAUUAUCGACAGUGACUACUGCGACAGUAGAGAAAGAGAGAACUGCAUUCUAGAUAAAGUGAAAAAAAUACUUGAUCAGGUACCAGAGGAAAUCUUUGACUGGGAUUACGAAGCACGGUGUCGGUACGUGGAGUGUGCUAGAAGAGGAACACAGACAAUACACAGAGCGCGUCUGAUGAUCGUGGGCUGUGCCGGAGCUGGUAAAACUACUCUUCUUAGACGUCUACAGAAACAGGGUUUAGAGGAGUUAAAACAAGUGGAGUCUACUGUAGGACUGGAGGUUCAUGAAGAUCUGUUUGAAAUAGCAGACGAUGGUUGUUUGAGAGCACUAUCAAAGGAUACAGGAAAAGAGAACAAGCAGAUUCUGAGUGUCGUGGACUUCGGGGGACAAUGCGCCUAUUACGCCUGUCAUCAGGUUUUCCUCAGCAGAAGAGCAUUUUACCUUCUGGUUUUAGACAUGUCUAAACUUUUCACUGAAAAAGUUGAUGAGAAUAUGUGUGAACAAAAUGGAACCAUGUUUGCCGACUGGACUUACGGAGGCUAUGUAAUGUUCUGGCUAAAGUCAAUCCACACAUAUUGUGCAGAGGAUACAGCAAUAAUUGUUGUAGCAACACACAGUGAAAAUACCGACAAAAGGGACAAGGAGGAUUUUUUUGAUAGACUUUUGGAUUUACUUCCGGCAGAUGAUGCAAAGCUUAAGAAACACUUUCACAGGAAUAGAUGUUUCUUUAUCGGUCUACCUAUUGAUGAUACCAGUUGCUUGGAUCCUUUAUCUGACUUAGAAAACUGCAUUGUUUCCAUCGCCAAUGAACAUAGAUGGAAAGAAUCUAUUCCCACAGAAUGGUCAAUAAUUGAAUUAGUUUUCAUUAAGCUGAAAAAAAAAUCAAUUCAAAGGAUUGUUUCAGUUAGCGAGCUUGCGAUGAAAUAUUGGCCUGAUUCGGAAGAUGCUCGUUCGAAGGUUCAAGAUGCUUUACGUUUUUUUAAUGACAUCGGUUUGAUCCUCUACUUUAAUGAAAACGAACUGUCAGAAUCACUUGUUAUCGAUGUCCAGUGGUUUGUUGAUUCUUUCAAGUUCAUUAUAUCAGACAAGAAACACGUCCGAGAUUUGGCAGAAACUGACAAGGACUGGCAAUAUUUUAACCGAACCGGAUAUCUCAGAGAUAGCCUUCUUCGUCGUAUCUGGAAAGGCAUAUCCAUCAAAUCAAACGAGGAAAAUUUAGCAUUGCAUUACAUGCAAAGGCUCGGGCUAUUGGCGAUUGGGGAUAAUAAACAUUAUGUUCCGUGUAUGAAUAAAAGAGACUUCGGUAGAAAUGAAACCAUCGCAUUGCGGGGAAUGGAAACGAAAUCGUCAGUGCUGGUGCUUCAUUUUGAAUUCCUGCCUUUCUUCUUCUACUGUCGGUUGAUAGUGGCUUGUAUUGUAGGUACAGAAUGGGAAGUGGUCGAAGAUGAUGGGAUACCGUGCCUAUAUAAAGAUAUCGCUGUAUUUGUUUACAAAGACCACCUUAUUGCCCUUGUUGUGACAAUGUCGGCAAUACAGGUUCAGAUAUUUCGUCCACAAAAUACACCUAUAGAUCCUGAUAUUGCUUCCAAUAUAAAAACAACUCUAGAGAACAGACUAGGAUACUUAACGAGCACAUUUCACAAAAAAGUCACAUACAGGAUCGCGUUCCAAUGCUCUGUCCAGGAUGUUUUGACUCGAGAUGUGAAUCGCUAUGUGUAUGAAGAUGAAAUGUCAGACAGAGGACGAGUAGUAUGCCCACGGCAUCCUCUUACUGGAAAUCAUCUACUGGAUGUGGAAGCUUUAACAAGGUUCUGGAGGCCUAAUGCACCCAAUGUCUCUUCACAGACUGGAAGUGAUAAAGUGAAUACGACGAAUGAAGAGAAAAUUCGGAAACUUGUGAUCACUGGAAGGGAUGCUUUACAAGCUUAUUUUGACGCAAUAUUUCCAUCGGAGGAUUUAGAACAGUGUCUCCAAGAUAACAAGAUUCCCCUGACCAGGGGGCCAUUCAAAUUCACGGAAGACCAAAUAGGAAUUGUUUAUCCAGCAGGUGGUAGCACAAAUGUUAUGUCUACUUCGUUUGAUGUUCCAAUCAUGUACAAACUUCUGAGGAACUAUGGUGACAAUGUGCCUCCCCCGACUAUUGGCUGGGGGAGUGUGCCAGUGGUUGGACAGAGAACGGCUGGGGAUGACAUCGAGAGAAUACGAAAGUUCAGGAACAUGAGUGCACAUGGUACACUGCCUGAAAACGGCAUGGAUGAGGGGGAUUUCAAACUUUACUGGGAGGAGUUGGCACAGGCAAUAAUGAGACUUACAAAUGGUUCAUUCAAGAGUAGAAUUGAUGCAAUUCGUCGAUAGUCUCAAAAGGAUGCCACAGAGCCAAACGAGAGUUCCCCUAACCAUUCUUCGGAUUCAAUUAUCAGAUUAUUUCUUUGUCAACUAGAAGAAAUAUCCUUGAUGCAUGGACCCUAUUUGUGAUGUCAUAAUGUAAAAUUACUGUUUUGUUGGAAUUGAAAUGACCAUGCGAUGAACAUUGUGAUGUCGUAUGGGAUAUACAAAACGUUGAACAUUUUCACAAUAUUCUGAAAAUUAAGAAAUAUAUCUUUGUGUGUACAUUAUAGCAAAACCCACACAUUUGACUGUUUAAUGCGAAUUAUACUGCUCUUUUGUUAAAGGUCGAUAAGAUAUAUUGAAAUUGAAUUUAUACUACUCUUUGCUCGUCGAUAAGAAAUCCGGGAGGGGGGGGGGGUAAGGGAUAAAAUAAUUGAAAUCCAAUAUUUAAUGCUAAUAUAUAUUAUUUCAAUGAGGGGAAAACGUCGUAUACUAUCAAGUCACGAACUUGUGAAUUACUUGAUGAAAAAUAUAUAGAUAUAAGCAAUUAACAGUGCUCUAGACGACAGGGAACGUAUUCUUGUAUCUUUUCAUGGCAAAUUAUUAAUUAAAGGGUUAUAUAACUUUUAAAAUUUGAUAUUUAUUGGAAAUCUUUUGUUCCCGGUUUUAUAAAUGCACUCACAAGCAUCAAUAUCAUCUUGAAUUUUUCAUGAUCAUAGACAUGGUUUACUAUCCAAAGGUACAUGCAUAACAUGGAUACGCAAUAUAUAACGAGGAAAAGACAAAUGUUACAUACUCAACAUUGAGGAAAAGACACGUAAAAAUGAAAAGUGGUUUGAUGAAUUGUCGUAAUUUACGAAAUUGUGUACUGUGAAGAGGUGCAUCAUAAUUUUGCAACAUGUCUGUGAGCAUAUUUACAUGUACAUGUAGUUGUAACAUAAAAUCAUGCUGAUAAUGGUUGUAUAUAGCAAUGUUUAAUAUAUUUCCUCAAUGGAAUUGUAUAGUAUAUAUUUUAUAAUCCUAUACAGUGUUUGAGUUGAAAUAGAUGCAGUGUUUGAGUUGAAAUAGAUGACGAAUAGUCACUUCCGGAAGAGAAUAAACCGAUGAUCGACACGUUCAUGCGUCGAUGGAAGUUGGUUAUAAGCACGGUAUGCAUUGUUUUACUGCUGUGCAUAUCUUCACUUGUUUUCGUAUAAUGUUCCUGUCACAAUUGCGUUAGAAGACGAACGAUUUUAACAGUCAAUGACAAUUCAAAUCAAUAAACACAGCAAGGUAAGGGGAUAAUAUCACGUAGUUAGGAAACCAGGAAUUCAUUGCUGUACUGUACUUUAGUAGAACAUCGAUGGGUGUAGAAUUUUGUAUGAUUUCCGAAUUACAUCGUACUUUGUAUUAAUUAGAAACCAUGUUUUUAUAGAGUUCAAUUUAAACUGCUGUUAAAGAAAUCGUAUGACUUUGGAAUAUUUGACGAAAUAAAAACAAUUGUAAUCAUUACUCGAGAUCUGAACGCGGUAUAAACAAUCAAAAUAGAUAUUUAAGAUUAUUAUGUGUUCAUUUUGUAAUAUUCAUUAAAAUGCGAAUACCAAAACAAUCCGUGGUGUGCAUUCCACACACUGAGUAUUUGGUACAGACCCUGAAACGUGCUACUACACCUCCAAAGCGUUUAGUUUCGUUCCGUGCAAACCGUUCACCGUUUCGUGAAGACUGUUCAGCGUUUCGUGCAAACUUCACCGUUCCGUGCAAACCGUUCAGCAUUCCAUGCAGACCAUUCAGCGUUUCGUGCAGACCGUUCUCUGUUCCAUGCAAAUCGUUUCGUGCAAGAAUCGUUCCGUGCAGGAUCAAGCCACGCCCAUAGAAACGUGCAUAUCGUUAAAAUCACGCCCUUAGAUGAAAUGUAGAACAGGUAAACAUUGUUGGGAAUUUGACCAAUUAUUUCAAAAUGUCUUUAAGACAGUGAAAAUCUACAAAUAAUCGAAAGAAAACUGUUUUAGGCAGACUAAAACCCGAUACCAUUUUCUUAUCCUUGGUAGUUUCUAGCAAGUGCGGAGACAUGUAUAUAACUGCCUUCGUUAUCUUUUUUUUUUUUUUUUUUUUUGUAUAUAGAAAUAAUUCAUUUGUCUUGUUGCAUUUGUAUGAUCAAGUUUCUUUUUUUAAAUAAAAAAAUAUUUUUAUCAAAAUCGUUUAUCGGAACUGUCUGCAUAAUGCAAAGACCGACCCGUGUAUAACUUGUAUAUUCUACGCAAAUUCCAAGGUCCUUUUUUACCACAAUAGAGGUCAGCUAAUCCGUGUAUUUGAAAUUAACAUUGCACAGAAGGUGUGGAAAUCGGCGGGGCAAUUGAAAUGUGACAAAAGAGGUGUUUUAUCUUUUGUCUUUCAAAAAUAGAUGCAGUUUUCUAUAGGUUUAAAAUUGAGGCAAAUGCAACAAUCUAAUCAAAAUUGGAUGGUAGAUCCGCUCACAUAGUUGUUGAUCAUUACUGUAGUUAGUCAUUAUUUGUUUUAUUUAUCCAUUUAUAUGAUUUAUUUCUCCAUUUAUUUCAAUCAUAUUUUAAUAGCUUCCUUUUUGUUUUGUAUUUUCCCUUCUUAUCCAAGAUGACAGGUUCUUAUCGACUGGCUAAUUAUAGAUCUAGAUGCAUCCCCCCCCGCCCGAGAAUAUGUUCCAGUCUUACGAGAAUUUCUAAAAUCAUUUUAUCUAUUGUCAUACACGUAUGUAAAAAUGUAUAGGUUUAUUUAAGAUUUGUCUUUGAAAAGAGACGAGAAAUUUCUUUAAAUCAUUUUAUCUGUUUUCAUUCACGUACACAUGUAUAUAAAACGUAUAGGUUUAUUCAACAUCUGUCUUUGGGAAGAGGCCUGGCAUAUACAAAUUGCAAAUGUAUUUUAACGACACUCAGAAUGAGUGUGCAUCAAUAACGAAACAGACGCGACCAUUUCAUAUUCAGUUACAAUGAAUUUAAUAGAGCAAUGAAUCAAUAAAAUUUGAUUAAUUAAUGUUCCGUGACGAUAUAAUUUUGCAUAUUUUUCUGUUAUUUCCGAAAAAAAAUCAUUUGUUUUCAUUCCAACGUGUUCAUAAUUUAUUGAUUUAAUAAGCAAAAAUGAAAUUUACCGCGUCGUACAUGAGCAAUUAUUUUAAAAUGAAUCAUUAUCAUUUCUUUCUUAACCUUUUCUUAAUAUCUAGAAUACUGCAAUUAUAUUGAAACUAUUUGAACCAAAUAAUACCGAAAAAAUCAAAGCGUGCAGGCCAUGCCUACCGUUUCGUGCAGACCGUUCACAAAGCGUGCAAACCACGCCUACAAAGUGGUCAGCGUUUCGUGCAAACCGUUCACUGUUCCGUGCAGAUCGUUCAACGUCUCGUGCGAACCGUUCACUGUUCCGUGCAAAUCGUUCAACGUUUCGUGCAAACUGUUCACCAUUCCGUGCAAGAAUCGUUUCGUUCCGUUCCCUGCAAAUGGUGUAGUAGUACGCUUCAGGAUCUGUACAAAGUAGAUGGACAACUGUAGUAUUAUAUGCUCUUAUCUUCACCAUUAGCGUCAUACAUUGAUUAAAGUGAUUAUAUACUGAACAAACUUUCUAACGCCCCACUCAAGUUUUUGUAUUGUACUAUAAUCAUAUUUUAUCACUUUGAAUAUAACUAUUGAUUUGUAUAAAGAAUAAGUUAUAAAACAACAUCUCAUCUGUAAUGAAACCGCCUCAUCCAAAAAGUACAAAAACGUAUCGGUAUCAUAUUUGUAAUUCGCAACAUCUAAAUCUACGUACCGCUCUCAUUCUACGAGUAUUUGAUGAAUAUACCAGCGGAUAUAAAUUAGCUUCAUCAUUUUGAAAGUUAACAGUCAAACAAAAAGUUUAAUCUUACCAUAAAAAAGUACCAAUUAUUUGGAAUUCGCAACAUCUAAAUAUGCGUUGAUCCCCAUUUUGGGGCCAUCUGAUGACUAUACUAGCGGUAUAGUAUAGUGGAGAAGGUUUAUAUAGGCUGUAAGCCUGCUCCCUAAUCCAUUUAUGUUUCAUACAUAAUAAAAUAUUGUUUAAAUUAAAUACUAGCGGUUUGUAAUGAUUGGUGUAAAUUAGCUUUAUCAUUUUGAAAGUUAAUAAUCAAAGAAACAGCUAUACCCCGGUAGUAAAGGAAAACAAACCUUUAGUGAACUGCUCCAGCUUCGACAUACCAAUAGGCCUUGUACGUUUGUGUGCGGUCAUGCCUUGCAUUUUACUACAGUAAGUUUGUAUUUCGUAAAGACAAUUUAGAUAUAGAGAACCCAAUAAAAAAGGUUUUUUUGGAAAUCAAUAUUCAGCUGGCAUCGAACACGAUUUUUUUUUUCAACAUAGCCGGUCAGCGUCCAGAAAACACAACUGUGAUCCCAUUUGUUGCCGACUUGUAACGAAGGUAUUUAACCUGGCAGACGAUAAUGUUAGCAAAUUAUAAUAUACUGCAAUGAUUUCUGCUAAUUUUCAAAUUGUAAAAGUAGGAAAGAUGAGUAUAUUUAUGUACAGUCUAUAACAAUGUAUACCGAUAUGGGGUAUUGAAGAAAGUUUGUUCUGUUAGAUGAUAAUAUAUCUUCAUUAACAGAGUAACAAUAAAAGUACAACCGUUGUUCAAUGCUUUAUUGUGUUUGUCAAACAAGUUCAUACUGCUUUUAUCAGAUUAGAGUGGUGUUCUACCAAAUCUCGCAUAUCUAUAUAUUUAAAAUCGAAUGUGACUUCGUCCUGCCAUGCUGGUUGCUGAUUAUAGAUUGAGCCAUGUUGCAUUGCUGCUACUUAUAGGACUGGUAUUUUGAUAAAGGGAUGGGAAUGGCGAUUGUAAUUCAAAUUAUCCCCAACACGUUGUAUGCCCUGUAUAUGUUUAUGAUUGUUCUGUUUCUAAUAAACCAUAUAUUUCAACGUUUUAAUUAUCCCAUGAAACUAAUAUUACGUGUGAAUGACCUUUCAUUAUUGACAUUGAGUUAUAUACCUAUUUGUAUGGGGAAAAAACGAAAUUGUCAUUGAAUGUAUUACAGUGGAAUGUACUUUUUGUCUAUCAAAAUUAAAUGAUUGAUUGAU